AGGCGUUCGGGCGCUUUGGGGCCAGCAUGUCCGAAAUCGGGGACAUCAGCGGGGACGGACAGACGGACGUGGUCAUCGGGGCCCCCAUGGAGAACAGCAAUCGUGGGGCCUUGUACAUCUUCCAUGGGGGAAAGGGAGGCCUCAGUCCCCAGUACAGACAGCGCAUCGAGGGGUCGCUGUUUCCCAGCAGGCUGCACUACUUUGGCCAGGCCAUCAGUGGCGGGACAGACCUGACGGGGGACGGACUGCCAGACAUCGCGGUGGGGGCACAAGGGCAGAUCCUGCUGCUGAGGUCCCGGCCAGUGCUCAGAGUCGGGGUCUCCAUCAGCUUCCAGCCCCCAACCAUCCCCACCUCGGCCUUCAACUGCCAGGAGCAGGAGCAGCUCAACACGAAGGCCAGCAGUGCAAAUGUCUGCUUCACCGUCACUAAGAGCACCAUGGACAGCCUAGGCAAUGGGAUCUCCAGCACCAUCCAUUACAGCCUGUCCCUGGACCCCGGGCGGACGAAGAUCCGAGCCGCCUUUGACUCCACCAGCUCCGUCCUGAGCAGGGAGCUGCGGCUCGGCAUUGAGAAGAAAUGUGAGACGUAUCAGAUAAAGUUACCUCUCUGCCCUGAGGACACACUGACCCCCAUCACCCUGCGCCUCAACUACACCCUGACGGGGGAGCCCAUC